AUGGCCCUCAUAACCGUUAAGAAUAAGGAGGUUUACACAGAAGGAGAGGAACCGGGUUAUGACCGCAGUGUUGUCUACUACAACAAGAACACUGAGCUGUGGUUGACAUUGCACACCAUACUUCAAGAGGAAUGGGAUGAGCUUGAGAAUUCCCAUAUGGGUGUCCUCUACAGGUUCACGAAGCUCAAGUUUAAUUGGGCAUCGAAUGUGGUACGGAGUAUGCUCACUAUGCAAGUGGCAUGCAAGAAGAAGUAUGAGAUAUGGAAUGUCGUGGGUGUACAGCCUCUGCAUUUUUCUUUGAACGAGUUUGAACACAUCACCGGGCUCAAUUGUGAGUAUAAAGAAGCGCCAACGAAGCCAACGACUGUUGACACAGACGAGAUGAAAGAUUUCUGGGGGAAGCUUGGUGUAAAUGAGAAGCUUGGACCGAGCAUUAACAAUCUCUUAGCAGCGUGCAAGUGGGCUGGAGAGUGGAGCAGAGAGGAUAGGCUGAGGCUUGGUUAUUUGGCAAUAUAUGCUGGCUUCACGAGUAGCACUGGCUAG